UAAAAAUUUUUCAUUCGAAGUUUGCAUCGUGCAAGGUGAAGUUGUGGAAUAAAUUUCUUUCAUUCAGAAAUAAAACAAAAAUUAUAUUCAAUUUUUGACGUCUCCUUUGUGUGUGUCAUCAUCCAUCAUCAUAAAAUCUCGGUCGUUUAAAAUUUGAUAUAAUUUAAUUUAUCUUUCCAUUUUAAUUAUAAAAAAAAGGAAAAAUUAAAAGUGUUUUACAAUUCGUAAGCAGUGUUUGAAAAAAUAAAAAUAUAUUAAAAAAAAGGGAGAGGAAAAAAAAGAAAAAGAAAAAUUCCCCAAGAGAAACAAAUAAUCGAUUUUCCUCCGUGUGAAACAACAACGAAAAAGGUCGAAGAAAAGUGAGAAAUAGAACAAGAAAAAAAAAGGGUUUUUUCAACUUCGUUUUUCUACAAAAACAACACAAAUUAACAAAAAGGAAACCUCAGUAGGAGCACCAGCGGACCACCCACUCAUCACCACACAAGGAACUCUGAAGAAGAGUUGAUUUUUUGGACAGAAAUCCAUUCAAGUCUCGAAUCAAGUCUUAGAUAAACAGACAAAAAAUAUCCGUCCUUGCAACAAACCAACAAUCUUAAGAUAAGUAUUUAAGAAAAAAGAGGACGAAAAAAACGUAAAAGUAAAAUAAAAAAAAUGCCUCAGGCUGACGGAGGUUACAUAUCAUUGGGUGAUAACCCAAAUAGCGCCAUCUACAAUCAAACAACAGAACCUACCGGCCCACAAUCGAUGUUCGAGUCUGUUAAGCGAGCGAUUGGUCAAGUUGUUGGUAGUAAUGGCAAAAGCGCCGCCAAUGGUGACACAGAUGAUUUAUUAGCCUCCAAGGGACGUCCAAUGAUUGUCGGAUCGAGUAUUUAUUUCAGAGAUCGGGACAAAACUGGUAAGACACUACUGAACACUAAGAUGCCAUCAGCACCAGCACACACUGCCGAGGAGGCACGUUUACUUGGGACAAUGCCAGUUGAUCCAAUGGAUGAUAUUGAAUUACGUUCGGUUCAAUUGCAAUUCAAUCGACGUGAUUCUAUUGUUGACCAUUGUGAGCAGAAGCGUAUUCCAACGGAUAAAGGUGAAAUUCAAGUAGCAGUACAAGGUGAUCCAAAGAAGUCAGCUAUAUUGACCUAUCAUGAUUUAGGAUUGAACUAUGCAACGAGUUUCUCUGGAUUUUUCAAUUAUCCAGAAAUGCGGGAGAUAUUGAAUAACUUUUGUGUGUAUCAUGUAACUGCACCAGGUCAAGAAGACGGUGCACCAACUCUACCAGAAGAUUAUGUCUACCCAACAAUGGACGAAUUAGCUGCCCAAUUGCUCUUUGUGAUGUCACACUUCAACUUGAAGAUCAUCAUUGGAUUUGGUGUAGGGGCUGGAGCCAAUAUUCUGGCUCGUUUUGCUCAUCAAAAUCCCCAAAAGGUAGCCGGUCUCUGCCUUAUCAAUUGUGUAUCAACAACUUCGGGUUGGAUUGAAUGGGGCUAUCAGAGUUUCAAUGCUCGUUUCUUGCGUACGAAAGGCAUGACCCAAGGAGUUGUUGAUUACUUAAUGUGGCAUCAUUUUGGUCGCAAUCCCGAAGAACGCAAUCAUGAUCUUGUACAAAUGUACAAACAUCAUUUUGAAAAUAACGUCAAUCCGGCCAAUUUGGCAAUGUUCAUUAAUUCGUACAUUAGUCGUAAUGAUUUAAAUAUCACCCGAUCACCACCACCAACUCCAGGGCAGCAAGCAGCUAUAACAACCCUGAAGAUGACAGUUAUGAAUAUCACCGGAGCCUUGUCACCCCAUGUUGAAGACACCAUUACCCUUAAUACACGUUUAGACCCUGCCACAUCAACAUGGAUGAAGAUCUCCGAUUGCGCAAUGGUUCUAGAAGAGCAACCAGCAAAGGUUGCCGAAGCUUUCCGGUUGUUCCUCCAGGGCGAGGGAUACGUUACGCCACUGUCCUCGCCAACAACGCCAUCUGGUGCGAGCAAAAAGACAGCAUCUCUCUUCUUUGGAAACUUCCAUCAACAAAAACUACUUCAACAACAACAACAACAACAGCAGCAGCAGAAGAAGGACCUGGAUCUGGAAAACGGGAAUGCCAUCAGCGAAUUUGGCAGUUCUGAUGAAAUGGACAUGGACACCAAUGUUGACAUGGACAACGCCACUGUCUACACUGGAAUCAAUCUUAAUUCGAAUAAAAUUCGCAUUACAGAAAAUCCUCUACCAGAACCGGUUUCAUGUUAGAUAUUACAUAACAUAUUACAUAUUAUAGAUUAAUCGUAUCCUCUUGUACCAUUAAAAACAAUUAAAUAAAUAUGAACACUCAUUUUAUAAAAAUUAUUGUCCUGUCCAUUAUUUUUUAGAAACAUUUAAACAGAAAAAAAUAUCUCUUAUAAAAUGAUGUUGAACCCCCCCUUCCCACAAAAACAACAUUCAAAAAUAUAUCCCUGUAAAAAAAUGAAUGCAAGAAAGUUUUUUAAAAAUUUUGUGCAAACAAAUUGUAAAAUCAAAAAACAAAAAAAAUAUUGUUAACAAUUUAGCUAGAUGUUAAGAAUUAAAAGAAAAAAUGAAUUAAUACGAAAUAAAAGAAAGACAUUUUGGCAAUAGUUAGCGACAGAAAAUUCAAGCACUUUCGAAAAAUAUUUGGAUACAAAUUUAAACCGUGUUUUCAAGAUAAAAUAUUCUAGAAUCAUCUUGAGAUAUAGAAGCCCCAAGUCAGAUAUAGGAUUGAUAAAUUAUAAGCCUCCUACAAAGUGUUUCAUCAUUUAAAACUAUUAAACAAACCAACAAAAAUAUAUGUUUGACAUCGAUUUAACAUUGACAACUGCGAACUUCGUUCCAGUCUGGCGCUGUUUACUUUUUUUAUAUAUGCAUGCUUUGACGACUUUAAAAACUAAAAGGUAAGUGAAGGUUCUAAUAUUCAGUUAUCCAACUGUUUACAAAUUACCUUCAAAUUGAGCCAAAUUUAUUGGAAAGUUGACUGGAAGGUAAGUCAAGUGAAAUAUCUCCCAAACUAUCAUGUCUAGUCCACUUAUGUCAAAAUGACAGGUGAUCAUGUUUUUCAUUUCAUUGAAAGCUGAAAUUUGUUACUCUGUAAUUUAUUUCUCUUCUGCACAUUCCAUUUAGUGUUUUUUGUGUAAAAAUAUUCCUUGUUUAAUAAGUUCAUUCUUUUCUACUUAAAAAAAACAUUAUUUAAUCCAAAACUCGUUUUUUAUUUAAUUUUUAAUACAUUUUUCAAUUAUACGUUUCGAAUGAACAGCUGACUUUUGACUUCAUAUUUCUGAACAAAAUUGUUCCACUGAAUGCUUUCCAUAUUCUUUGCAUUUCCAGCUGUCAGUUUUACUUUCGGUGAUCAACUCUAAUAUCAAAUCAAAUUCUGGUUUUCAAUCAGGAAAUGCUUGAUUCCAAUCAGUAAAUUUUGUUUUAAUGACAAAAAUAUUGAAUAACCGACUUGCCAAAAAAAAUCUAAGUAUUGGUUUCACUUAUGAAAAACGACCACUUGAAGGUGGAGGUUAUUGAAGUAAAGUUCCGAGUUUGAAAUUUAUGUCACUUCACAAACUAACUCAAAAUAUACGUUCAUAGAAUACAGUUGACAGCAAAAGAAAUCUCUUAUUCUGUUAGAACCUGCUUAAUUCUAAAGUUCGGAAAUAUGAUUGAUACUUAUUAGUGGUGUUUGGUAAUGUGAUUUUUCCUGUCAAUUUGACACAUUUUUCAUAAUUUGCGUCAAAGAACAUAAUAAAUUAUUUAAGAGGACAAGUUUCUAGACUCUUUAAAUACAUUACUUGAUACUAGUUUAAGGACUUAAGCAAAUGAAAACGUCUUCUUGAGAAUUUUUUUAAAACAAAUACUACAAAAUAAAUCGAGAUUACAGAAACGUCAUUAUAUUAUGCAUAUCAGUUAGUUUUUCGAAGCGAUUUAUUUUAAAAUGGCGAUUGUGUAAUAUUUGACGAUUACUUUUAGAGUAGAAAGUACUCUCUGUUUAUAGAAGACUAACUAAGAGAAUGCAUUUUCCAAGAUAUAUUUAAAAUGCCAAGUCAAUUAUUUGAAAAUUCCUUACAUUCUGAGUGUCAUUAACUUAAAAAAGUGCAAUGAUAAGAUAAACGCAUUUGAAGUUUAAAAUAGUUAAAAAUCGUGAAUAAUCUCGCAAUACCUUUUAUACUUAAAUACGAAACCCUAGAAUUUAGAGGUUUGUCCCAGUCAUAUCUUUUAGGGCCUCAUUUUUGCGAUCCUAGAUAUUAAGGCCUAAACACAUAAGGGACGGUGUCACAGCGUAAGCAACAGUUGCAACAACUGUCAAAAGUAUUGAAAUAAAGGCAACAUAAGAGGCUUCAUUUGCAGCCAACUUCAUUCUUUGAACGUUAAUUUAGACCAAGGCAAAUAGUUAGUCAUAAAUUUCAAAUUCAGAAUCUUACUUCACAAACCUCUACUUUAAGUUAGUAGUACUAACGAAAUUAUUGCUUACAAAGUACUCCUCAGGUAAGCUACAAGUUCAUCACGAUUUGUAUUUUGUAUUAUAAGGAAAUAUUAGUUAUUUCUUUUCCAAAUUGACAAGAAACUCUUUUACAGAAAGCAUUGAAUGAAGUUGUGCAGAAAAUAAAUAAAUCAUAAGAGUAAUAAAGUUCAGCUUUCAGUUGAAUGAAAAAACAUUAUCAACUGUCAUUUUGACAGAAGUAGACUUAACUUAAAAGUUAAUGAGAUUUUUCUGACUAACUUUCUAGUCAACUUUCCAUUAAAGUUGCUUUAAUUGGAAGGUAUUUUUUUUUAAAGCUGGCCAAUCAGAUACCAGAAACUUGUCCAACUUUCAAGUCCCUUAUGUCGUCUGAACCAGCCGAAUGUAAAUCAGUUCCACUUCGAGAUUUUUGACGUUUUCAUCCAAUUCAAUGAAGUUUUAAUUUGAUGAACGUUUAGUGCUUAACUCAAGAGUGUAUUAAGUCUAGAUUUAUUGUUUUUGUGGAAAGCUCUCCACUCCAACUUUAUAAAUCGGUAAAUUAUUCUAUUUGACAGAAGUGAAAUGUCACGGAAUUUAGUUGCAACUUUUCGAACAGGAUGUUUGUUCAGAAUGUGUUUAUGUUUCUUUUCAUGAAUUGUUUUUACUUCUAACUUUAUUUAGUUCUAAACAAUUUUUGUAUUCCAGAUGAAACAACUUUUCGCCAGACAUUUAUAUACAAAAGAGUAUAGUCAUAUGAAGUAUAAUGACAACUAUAUUGAACAUUUUUUGACAGGUCAUCUGUGAUUGAAAAAUUCUCCCAUUUAUCAAUUAUCUUGGGAUAGAUUUUGCUAGUUGAAAAAUGAAGAAACUGACAGAAAGUUAAACUUUUUCAGGGGAUUGAUUGUGUAAUCAUAGACAAAAAUUAAAAAUGAAGUAUGAACAAAUUUCUGGUUUAGAUAAAGAAUUUUUAAUUUAUUUUAAUCAUUAAUUUUAGUACGAAUCAUACCAAGUUUAACUCAAGUUAUAGAAAUGUUUAAUGGUCGCUUUAAUCAACCUGUCAAAAAUAUCCAAUGAAUGCUUUCAAUAAGUCCAAAAAUUAAAAGUUCCUUAAAACUUUUUUGACAUGUGAUAAUAAAUAUUUUGGCUCAAAUUUCCUUUAUCGAAUCACGGAAUAUCACAAGCUAUUUAUUUUACCUUACCUUAGUAGAGUCAAAUGUCAGUUUUGACAUUUCUACCAUAUUGCAAAAUUUCAAACAUUCACUCUGAAAUCAUACGCAACUGAUUUGCCGGAUUCAGUUAUCGAAUGAGUUUAUUUUGGCAUAUCUACUCUCCUCCAUUUUGUUGCAGUGAUGCCAUAUCUUGUUUUUUGUUGUUAAUUCCUUGAGUAUAUUUAGUUUUUUUUUUUAAAUUACAACUGGUGUACAUUUUGUGCGCUAAAAAUCGGUUUCAUUACUUAACUUGGAGUUAAAUGGAAUAAAAGAUCUUAAAAACAGAAAUUGUACUUCCGUUUUGGAAAUGUCAGCGUUUUGAAUCAUCACAUCCUAAAAUCAAAGAACACAGUGGGAAACUUACCUCUUAUUUCAAGGCUUUUUCAAAAAUGAUGUUCAACGUGACAAAAUAACAUAACUACGAUGAAAGUUAAAGUUUGUAUAAAUUUAAAAUAAAAACACAGCUUUAAGAAAAACAAAUAAAAAAAAUAAGAAUAACUUUUUUUCUGUCGCUUACCGUGUGCUUAAAAUGUCCUGUAGAUAAUCUUUACGUACAUAGUUAUAAAAUAACCCAAGACUCUAGAAGAGAUCAUUUUACUUUUUUAUUUAAUUAUUUUUAUUUAUGUUUUUUUUUAGAUAAAUUUAGAGAUGCAAUUAUUAUAAUUGCAUUGCUUUGAGCUUAAAAAAGGGCAUAAUGCGUGCGUGUUUGUAUAAAUUUAACUAUAAUGAACAUUAAAUAAAGUUCAAAAAUUUGUUGUUAUUGGAUGAAAAAUUAGAAACAAAAAUAGAAAUAAAUCACAGAUGCGUAUAAAUAUGAAUACCUAUUAUACAUUAUAAAUAAAUAAUUAUAUUUGUAGUUUGAAAUCAAAACAAAAGAAAAAGACUCAUGUGAAAAGUCAAAAUAAAACUAAACAGAACAAAAUAUUGUAGCUAAAAAAAAGUAAACAAAAUGAGACCUACUCGCCAUUAUUAAAUAAAUAAAAAUAAAUAAAACAAAUAUUUUUUAAAUAACUAUUGGAUUGUUUAAAAAAUUGUAUCAGUCCAAAAAAAUACCAACCAUAUUGUUAUAUUAAACAAAAUUUGUUUAUUUAUUUCUAAUUGCACUUUUUUCGUGUUUAACCUUUUAAAAAAAUUAUUAUAAAUAAAUAACAAUAUGUUCUAAAUAAAAAUAAAUAAGAAAAUAUAUUUCAAAGCUUUUAAAGUGAAAAGAAGAAUAACAAAAAAUUAACAGGGAAUUGAUUUAUAUAAAAAUAAAAAAAAACAAAAUGACAAGAAAAUUGUAUAGUAAAAAAUAUUUAUAUCUAUUUUUAGCAUUUGCGAAAAUUUUCUUUUUUUUUUAUUGAUAUUACAGCAUAAAUAAAAUUUAAUUUCACUUUGUGCCUAUUUAUAAAAAAAUUAAUAAAAAAUAAAAAAACAAAAUAAUGCAACCCAAAACCUUUGCUAAAAAUCAUAUGUUUAGAUUAAAUUAAUUAUAUUUUUGUUUGUAAAAUAAAUAACAACAAAAAUCAAAUAAAAUAUAAAUUUAAAAAAAUAAAAUAAAGACAUAUAAACAAAACAUAUAGUUACAAAAAUGAGUAUUUAAAUAAAAGCAACCAUAUCAAAAGAAAAUUUUAACCGAGUUUAUUAUUUUCUGUCUAAUAUUUUUUUGUAAUGAAAUACAAAAAUAAAUUUGGAUAAAAUUAUUAUUAAAUAAUUAAAUUUUUUAAACAACGAAAUUUACAAAAGAAAUUUAAAGUAGUUGUUUGAAAAUAUAAACAGAAACCAAAAAUAAGAAAUCAAGAUACAAAAUUUACUGGAGGCAAUUUUUAUUGAUAAUUUAAAAAAAAAAGAAACAAACAAAAAUAUUUGAUAAAAUAAUUAAAGAAAAAAAUGUUUUUAAAUUUUACACACUUAGAUAUUAACAAAAAAAAGAAAAAGAAAUACAAAUUAUUAUAAAUAAUUGAAAAAUCAAGAUAAAAUUAAUCGCUUUUGCUAAAAGCAACCCCGUUGGGAGAAAAACAACACAAACACACAUCAAAAUAAAUCAAAAAUUAAUAAAAACAAAAAUAGAAUAAAUAAAGCUUAAUUUAUAUAUUAAGUCAAAAAAUAUAUAAAUAUAAAUAAAAAUUGAUUCUAAUGUUUUUUUUUUGCUUUUUGUAAAAAAUAAUAAUAUUAGGUAUGGGUAAAGUAUACCUAAAGAUCAAAAACAAAAAAAUGAUAAAUUAUUGUAUUUUUUCCGAAUAAAAACAAAUAAUUUAUGCAAGCUGAGGAAA